GUUACAAAUUAAAGGUUUGUGACCAUUUUGUACUAAGUGCAAAGGUUUGUUACCAUUUAUGCUAAUUACCCCGGAAAAGGGCGGGUUAUGAGCGGACCUUUCUUUUUGACCCGACCCGUAAAAGUCCACCUGAUGGUGAUAGUGGGCUUCUUAUUGGGCUAAUGGAAUGGGAUGCUAUCUUGCGUGUUUAUCUGCGGCCCAUUUACAAUCUCUUCAUCUUCCCCGCUCGGCUGCGCUAUCUGUUCCUCUCGUCUUCGUCACUUUUUGCUUCCCGCUUCGUCGCUCACCUCUGCUUCUCCUCCACAACUCAUCCGCGCCGCCGACGAGCAACGGCAGAGGAGAAACUCCUCGCCCCUCAUUUUAACUCUCUCACGCUUCUAGCAUCGAAAGCUGCUUGCUCAAAAAAUGGAAGUAGCGCGCUACACCAAUUAAAAGGAGCUCAGUGUCGCAGACUUCCUCUUCCCUUCGUUUUCAAUUUCACCUAACAGAACAUUCUCCCAUGGCUGCCGCAGCAGUCAACACUCUCAACCAUUUCACUCCACCAAAACCAGGAACCUGUCUAGCGAGGUACGCGGCCCGGAAGUCCAGCAUCGCAUUGUUGCCUUCCUCCCGAUUCGAACGCCACCGCUGGCAAUUCCCUUUGCCUUCUAGAACCCGGAGAGCGCUCGUGCCGAAGGCGGACGACGGCGACGCUGACGGAGGCGGUGCCGACGAUUACGACCUGGAUGACGAAGAGGUGGAGGAAGUGGACAACACGAAGGAUUACGAUGUGGAGUACGAUCCUUUGGCUGGCGACGGAGACGACAUUGCGAUGGUUGCCAGCAAGAAUUUCGUGUCUACUCAGGGGUGGCAUUCGGAGAAGAUCGUUGAUUACAGAAUUGAUGAAGAUGAGUUCCACAAAUUAAGCUUAUUUGAUUGUGAUUUCUUUAUCAGGAAGCCGCCGGACCCUGAUAAUGAUGUGUUUGAUUUCCGGGAGAUGUAUGUUACUCCGCCGGAUACUGAUGUCUAUGCUAUCCCCAGAGUUCUUUGCCCUAUGCCGCAGAAGUAUAUUCGAUGUGCAAAGAGUAACUAUGGAUGUUACAACGUGACAGAACCACCAAUUGAUGCACCCCGAGAUCCAUUGUAUAAAUCCGAGAGGGAGGUGUGGAAGGUUUUCUUGACAAAGCACUACAGGAAUCGCAGGCAGGGAGAUCCCGAGUUUAUACUGGACUUUGAGGAAGUUUACGUCAUAGAUUCCAAAACAAAGUCCAUAACCAGAGCAAAAUUAGUGGUGACUGUUCCGGGCGGGAGAAACAGGGAUAGAAAGAACGACUUGCUUGUUAUACGAGAUAACGGGACUUCCUUCAAAAUAAUUGAUUCGGCUCGGAGAGACGACCCUACCACCAUAAUCGAGAGGGAGGAAUGGGGUAAGACUAGAAAAGACAUGGAGACACACCUCAGCAAGCUACGCGACUUCAGCGUGUCAAACUGGUUCUAAGGGAUACAAUAUUACAAGCUUGAUUAUGUUCCGGGAUUAAUGGGAAAUGAUUCCUUCAAGUAACUGAAGAAAAUCGGUAAGUAUCAUGUAUCCUACUGAUUCAGACUGAGUCCUUUCCAGCAUCAUUUUGAUCAAAUCUAAUGUCCUGUGGUUUGCAGUGUCCGAAGAGAUGACUUCUGACAAGCCCGGAACGAUUUCAAGACAUGAGAGACUUUGGGAGGGAAUGUGGGCUGGCUAGAAGGGUAAUCUCCCUGCCAUGGAUCUGGAUUCUGGUGCAAAGUCAUGGAUUUUGAAGAAUCUCAUUUACGGUUCAUUGUUCCCGAAAUGGGAUUUGGUAAGGUAGAAAGUUAUAUUAGUGGUGAUAGCUGUGGCCUGUGGGAUACUGGGAUAGUGUAUUGCUUGCUAGUAAAUGAAGAGCUUGUUCAAAGAUGCGUAGUCCUGUUUGGACUUUCAUUUCACGACAGCCAUAGACGCACAAUGGGGCCGCUAGGAAGCGAAUUGGGCCGGUGGCGCACUGAACCUCUUAGUGAACGAGUAGGUCGAUUUUUUAUUAAAGACAAAUUUACCUU